CGUUAAAAAUGAACCCUGAUCGAAAGAUUGCUUCUCAUAUAAAUGUCGAUCAUUCGCGAUAACGCAUCGAAUGUUUCGCGCGAUCGCUGAUUACACAUCGAUAUCGUCUUUUCAUCAUUGACGAUUCGCCUUUGUGUGCUCAAGAAGUUAAUUGAAACUGUCUCCCCUUGAGCUUCAAAGUACUCCUUCGUCGAAACGCAGCGGGAGCUUGACGUGCAUGCAAUUCUCACCAGGUAUGUAUGAAUAACAAAUUAAAGAUUAUGAUAUCGAUUAACACAACUUUUAUUACAAAUUAGAAUCCAAGUCCGCAUGCUAAUACCAUUAAUCAAUGUGUGUGUAUUAUAAUCGUAGAUUUAUAACCUCGCAUUCGCGCCGAAGGAAUGAAGAUAGCAUUAAUAAAAGAGGAUAACGAGUAAGAGGAGCUUAUGCAUGUGCCGUAAAGCGUCCCUCUGGCGAUCAAUUCGAAACGUGAUUCUCGUCGUCGCACAAUCGAGAAUGGAGAAAGGAAGAUCCGCUGGACGGUCGAGUUUUCGUUGCCCGGGGCGAAGCCGAAAGUGUUUUCGCCGCUCGAUCAGAAAGUACUGGACCAUGACGAAAUCGUCGGCGUCGAUCGAAUGAGUAUAUUGUGAAACUGCCUGGAGAAGAAGUGGGCUCCUUCUUUGUUGACGUUCACCGUCUUACCUGGUGACUGUCUCCCACUUGGCGGACCGCGAGAACUCUCUUCCCGUAUCGCGCAGAGAAGUAAAACUCUCGGACGUUUUCCGAUCUCCAACAGUCCCGAACUCGUCCCCGUCGACGUGCGAACUCGUUAGGCCCCGGCAAACUGGUAGCUGGCGUAUCGGCUCAGCCUCUUCCUGAUCUCAUCUCUCUCUCUCUUCCUGGACACGGGAAGGAAGGAAGGAAGGAAGAAAGACGCCGCGUUGAAUUCAAUGCCUUGUACCCUCUGGACGCGAGAGGCGCUUCUCCCGCGUGAUUAGGCGAGAACACGACGCCGAUAAGAUCGAGGAGGCUAAGAAACAAACGUCAAAAACAAUAGGGGGACCUCGCGUCUGAUCUCACCAGUGAGAUUAUUUUAAGGGGAAGGCGGAUUCAUCUUUUAUUUACAAGGAUCUUCGGGCUGAGAUAGGCUGCCGAGAGAGCAAUUGCAAAUUGGCGAGAGAGGGUCUUCUCUCAUGUACCGGUGGUGAAAUUCGAAGGGGGAAUACAGCGGGUGCUUCGUCGUAGUGUGGACGUCGAUUUUUUUUAGAGCCAGGAACAGAUCUCGUCCUUCCGCGAUGUGGCAGAGAUACUUCUUGUGCUUUCUGUGGACCGCGUUGAUACCGCGGGGAGGCAUCCUCGUGGCAGCUGAGGCCGAUCCUGCGAUUUUGAGUGCCGCCGAUUUGCCCCAUCUUCAACAGGGUCGCAUUGUGAACGAUCCGCGACCUCGUCUCUCGGCUUCCCAGCAAGCCCAGAUACUGAGCGAUGUGCAGCAACACCAGCAACGGUACCGGCAACGUCCCACUCAGGACUUCAAGAAUCCGCGGGUAACAUCUUUUUCCUCGUUUGAACAAGCACAAUCCAGCACGCCGUACUCUUCCUUGGCCAAGUAUAAGGUUGAUCGAGCGAAGCAACAAUUGCAACAGUUACAGCAGCAGCAGCAGCAAGUGCAGCAGCUUUUGCAACAGCAACAGCAAAAGAUCGCCCAGCAACUCGGGACUACGAACUUCGUGAACAGUGGCAGUGUACAAGUGCCGCAAUUCCAGCGGCAGCAGUACCAGCAGCAACAGUUCAACCAGUAUAACCAAAACGGCUUCCAAAAUCUUCAGCAGGACCUGUCGCAGCCGCUUUUUAGCGAUCAGCAGACGGUGCAGUUGCAGGAGUAUCUCGAGAAGCAGCGCGAACUCGAACUGCUCCAGAAGCAACGGCAGCAGCUGCUAUACGAGCAGCAGGAAGUGCGUAGGCAGCAGGAAUUGCUGCGACUUCAGCAACUCCAGAAGCUCACUUCCACUACACCACUUCCACCGACCGCGACGUCGACCCCGGUCACCAUCAGUACUACUUCCGCACCGUUGCUGCUGUCCUCACCGACGUCGCGACGUAUUACGCCGUCGGAAGCGGACCUUUUUCUGAAAGCAAUUGCUAAUCAUCAGAAGAAAUAUACAACGACAGCAGCGAGCUCGACUACAACGACCACCACCACCACCACGACGACUACCACGCAGCCACCUCCGCCAGCCAGACGUCUGAUUACCUCUAAUAUUCAUCAGGAGACGGAUAUACCGGAAAACCUACUCAGCCUGAUUCAGGAUCAAGAGGGUCAAUUGUUGCAGCAAGACAAAUCGAAGCCGCAAAUCAAGGUGAUCUAUCAGACUGAUAAACCCAGCACGAGACAGAAUUCCGGCGGCAGAAGCAAGAGCUCUCAAUCCGAGAGGGAACUGUUGCUGAAGCAACUAAAACUCGCUCUAGCCCAGUCCGGCGAUGACGACGACGUUACCAGGAAUGUCACUACCAGGGAUCUGAUAUUGCCGAACGGCAAGAAGAUUCAGGUCAUCCACGCGCCGAACGGUUUAUCUUCCAUCGCUUCGAGUGGAACCUCCACCAUUCUGACAUCGACUGUGCCAUCCUCAACGACUACCAUCAAGCCACCGAAGGCGCUUUUCGAGGAAUUGACGAAGGGCGGCGUACUACCGCCAGGCGCUGAUUUCGAAAUCAUCCGGCAGAAGAGCGACGGCAGACUCGAGGAGAUCGGCAAGACCCCGAUCAUUCAGAAUCUACCGGCAAAGAAGGUCACGUUCGUCUUGUUGGAAGAGCAGCUGGACGGUAGUUACAAGGUGCAAGGAGUCAAGGGUAAUGCCGACAAGGAGAGCGGCACCGAUAUCGAGUCCAUCGUUGAGAAGAUUAAGAAGGGCGAGCUGAAGCUACCGCCCAGCUCACUCGGACCAUCUUCCACGCCGUCUUCCACGCUCGAACAUCUCGAGUCCAAUCUCGAUCCGAAUCUGAUAGUGUCUACAGGUACGUCCAGGGCGCCGGUAUCAUCUUUUCACUCCGUCAGUUCGACGGCAUCGACCUUCAGACCUACCACCAUCAGACCUACCUCGGCUAGAUACAACGAAGGCAAGUCGACAACAACAGAAUACAUCCCUUACGUCACGGUGUCGCCGAACUCGGUGUCUACGACCGACAAAUACGUGACUUCGGCGUCCAGCGUUACGGGCCACGUGUAUAACUCCCUGAACACCAGCCCAACGAAGACAACCCUCUCGGAUCACAUCCCGCGAGUGACCACCAAGUACUCAUCGUCCACCAGGAGUCAGUUCAUCCCAACGAUGGCGCCGGUAAAGGAGAUUGUAACUACGCCGGCGACACCGACGUCUUACUCGCAUCACACUCCGAACUCUUACGUUUAUUUCACCAAGCAUUCGCCCGCGGAGGCCUCAUCAGCGGAAGAGGCCGUUCAGGCUCCAACUUCACAGGAGAAUCUGGCCUCGUUGUUGAGAAAGGAGGGUCUCUUCGCUAUGGCAAAGUACCUGAGACAAUCGGGAUUAGAUAACGUCCUGAAUGAAACCGGUCCAUACACCAUAUUCAUCCCUACGGACAAAGCCUUCAGAACAUUGCUGGUACAACUGGGAGGACCGGAGAAAGCUGAGCAGAAGUUCCACGACAAUCCGAGACUUCUAAGUGGGCUUCUUCUUCAUCACGUUAUACCAGGAGCGUUCAGGAUCGAUUCCCUGCAGGACGAGAUGACCGGCGUCAGCCUCGCAGGAACGCAAUUACGGGUGAACGAGUACGCGAUGCAGGAUCACGAAUGGAACGAUGUAAAAGUAACGACGAUAAACGGAGCACGUGUCGCGCCUAAUAAACGGGACAUCGAGAUCCCUCAAGGUAUCGCUCACGCCGUCGACAGGGUCAUGUUCCCGCUUCCGGUUGGUGAUUUAGUGCAAACCCUGCAAGCCGAUCGUGAGAGGAGGUUCACCACGUUCCUCAGAAUGCUGCACGUAUCUGGUUUGGAGGACACGCUUGCAGGACCGAAGACGUUCACCAUCUUCGCACCAACCGAUUCUGCUUUCACCGAUGCGUCCACGAAGAACGGCGCCCCAAUUUGGACCGAGGAGGACGGACCGGAAGCGGCGAAGGCAAUAAUCUCGCGGCAUGUGAUUCCCACAACUCUUUACACGGCCGGAAUGAGAUAUUACAUUCAAAAGGACACCCUUCGUCCACAGUCGCCAGUUCAUAUCCACAAAAACGGCGGACGAGUGCGAGUGAACGAAGCACACGUUGUAACGCAUAAUGUGCCAGCAACGAACGGUGUGUUACAUGCUAUUGAUGGUGUUCUAUAAAACGAUAGUUCAUAAUGAAUUGACGAGUAAGAUGUACAAGCAUUCACACAGGUGAUUAUCAUAUAAUUCCGAACAAUUCGUAACAUUAAACACAGUUGUAUCUAUAAUUUUUCAAAAAGUUGAAGGAUAUUUACAUUCGAUAAGCGAAUGUAAAUUGCUUGCGUAAAUGCGGUGGAAUGUGUGGUAAUUAAAUCGAAUUCUAUUAGACUAGUAUAUAAACGUCCGCCACAUCGCGAUUGGGUUCGGUCACCGAUAAAUUGACAUGUUAUGCCAUAGGUGUCGCGAAAUCGGAGGAAAAAGUAACGAGACCAUUUUUAACUUACAUGUGUAAUAUUAAUUUAUAUAAGGUAAGCAACAUCGGAGAUUCGUGUACUCGUGUCACGCGCACAAGAGAGUACGGAAUAUUAAUCGCUAUUGUAUAGAAUGGUAACGUUAUACCAUAUUUAGUUCAUAGUUCACAUCUUUUUAUAAAUAAAUGUACAGAAUGUAUAUCUUCGCGAUUAUAUUUACAAAAAUAUUCCCCGAUAGUCCUAUACGACAUUCUUACUUAAUAAUAAAUCAAAUUUUUACAUCUUUAUUUAAUAAAUAAUCAUAAU